AUGCUCGAGAAACCCACUCAAGGAGAUGUCGAAGACAUGAUACCUACAAAAAUCGUAGCUGCCACCGAUGAGCCAAGCGCUACACGAACAGGUAACACCCGUAUUGUUACUAAUGUAGGUGACAAUGCACUCACGUCCAUCUUAAAGAAAAUGGAAGAGAUGGAAAAUGAGAACAAAAUACUCCGCGACCAAAUGAAGGAACAUCAGGAGAGGGUUGACAAAAUACCAGGCGCUCCGAAGCUAUUACCAAAAUGCGAUGUGGGUCGAUUUGUCGAACAGCCAUAUAGCGAAGGGGUUGCUCCUCAUCCUAUUCCAAAGACCUUCAAGAUGCUGCCAUACUUGAAAAUAUAUGACGGGACCACGGACCGAGAGGAUCACCUAAUCCAUUAUGUUAUUGCAGUAAAGGGCAACGAUCUGUCAAAAGAACAGGUACCAUUUGUGCUGUUAAAAAAGUUCGACGAGACUUUAACAGGGGGAGCAUUGACAUGGCACUCCCAGCUACCAGCGCGAUCGAUAUCGACGUUCGAAGAGAUGGCGGAUAAAUUCGCCAUCGCCCAUGCAGGAGCGAAGAAGGCCGAGGCUAGGGUCAAUGAUAUUUUCGUCAUCCAGCAAAUGACGGGCGAGGGACUUCGGGAUUUCCUGACUCAUGAAAUACCCCCUACCACAUGGGAAGAAAUCCACAAUGCCUAUUACGCUGAGGUAAGGGCAGACGAGGAUGACCUGAAUGGGUCACUUCAGCGAUUAAUAUCAGUCCAGACCGAGGCAAGGAGAGAUCGACGUAACAAUGGGCGAAGAGGUCAACCACCACAUUUCAAUCGAGAAAGGCAUCAGCCCUAUAUCUGCACAUCCAACCCGCCCCCUCCGCGACACGCGCACGUUAUGCCACGACAUAAGGCACCCAUUCGAAACGAAAGAGGUAUUCCUCUACUAUUAUCUGCUCAUAAUUUUUGUGUUUCCCCUUUAGAAAUAGUGUACACACUGGAGAAACUGGGCACGAAUGUGCAGUGGCCGCAAAAGAUAAAAUCGGAUCCAAGUACUCGAAGGUCGAACGUCCUAUGUGAAUUCCACCAAGAAAGAGGACACAAGAUCGAAGAUUGCAUAGGUCUACGACAAGAAAUAGUUAGGAUGUUGAACCAUGGGUACCUGAAAGAACUGCUAAGUAAUAAUGGAAGGGCUAACUUUGCUCGAGUGCGCGACCCAUCUCAAGGACCUCCAAAGCCACCAUAA